AUGGAGGGGGGCAAGAAAGAUGGCCCUCCGGGGGGCGACGGAGGCAAAUCCGACACGCUGGGCUCGACGGGCUCGGCCAAAAAGAGAGGGGGCGGGGCCAAGAAGGCCAUGCAGGCCAACAAGUCGGCCCUGCGAGCCCCCCGAGCCCUGUGCUGCCUGACCCUCAGCAACCCCAUCCGCAUGGCGGCGCUGGCGCUGGUGGAGUGGAAAUAUCCUUUGACCCAAAACGAAAACUCACCUAAUGUUGUCUUUGAUGACGCCUUAACCACCAUCUUUAGGCCCUUUGACAUCUUCAUCCUCCUGGCCAUCUUUGCCAACUGCGUGGCCAUGGGGGUGACUAAGCCGUACCCCGACGACGACUCCAACGCUACCAACCAUCAACUGGAACAAGUGGAAUAUGUCUUCCUGGUCAUCUUCACCAUCGAGACUUUUACCAAGAUUCUGGCUUACGGUUUGGUCAUGCACCCCAGCGCCUACAUCCGCAGUGGAUGGAACUUGCUGGAUUUCAUCAUCGUCAUUGUCGGGCUGUUCAGUGUGAUCGCGGAGGCCAUGACGGACCACAAGCCGGGGGAGGCCCACCACGCGGCCGGCAAACCCGGAGGACUGGACGUCAAAGCUCUCAGAGCCUUCCGCGUCUUGAGACCGCUCCGACUGGUCUCCGGAGUGCCCAGCCUGCAGAUUGUGCUGAAUUCCAUCAUGAAAGCCAUGGUGCCACUCCUUCACAUCGGCAUGCUGGUCAUGUUCGUCAUCAUCAUCUACGCCAUCAUUGGCUUGGAGCUUUUCAUCGGCAGGAUGCACAAGACCUGCUUCUUCUCCAGCACUGGUUUGAUGGUGGAGGACGACCCGUCGCCGUGCGCCUUCGCCGGGAGCGGUCGCUUUUGCACGAGCAACGGGAGCGAGUGCCGGGGCAAGUGGGAGGGCCCCAACGGCGGCAUCACCAAUUUCGACAACAUUUUCUUCGCCAUGCUGACCGUCUUCCAGUGCAUCACCAUGGAAGGUUGGACCGAUGUCCUCUACUGGAUGAACGACGCCAUCGGCUUCGAGAUCCCGUGGGUCUACUUUGUUUCUUUGGUCAUUUUUGGUUCCUUUUUCAUCAUCAACCUGGUAUUGGGAGUCCUGAGCGGAGAGUUCUCCAAGGAGAGGGAGAAGGCGGUGGCUCGUGGAGAGCUGCAGAAGGCGCAAGAGAGCAAACAGAUGGAGGAAGACAUGAUUGGCUACAUGGACUGGCUCAUCGAAGCCGAGGAUGUGGACGAGGAAGGGAAUAAACGAGCCGCCAUCGCCAAGAAGAAGAUGAUGAAGAAGUUCGGCUGGUACAAACACAGCGAGGACGGAGAAUCCGACUCGGACGACGACAUCGCCUACCUGGACGACGACAGCGGGUUCUGCGCGUCUCUCAUGGCCAAGAUGAUGGCCAACAGCUUCUGCGACCAGCUGUGCCAGUUGAAUCACACGUUCAGAAAGAACUGCCGUGUGGCGGUCAAGACCACCAACUUCUACUGGCUGGUUCUUCUUCUGGUCUUCCUCAACACGGUGGCCAGCGCCUCCGAACAUUACGGACAGCCGAAGUGGUUGACGGAAAUGCAAGAGCGAGCCAACAAGAUCCUGCUGCUGCUCUUCACCCUGGAGAUGCUGAUGAAGAUGUACGCCUUCGGCCUGCAGAUCUACUUCAUGGCCCUCUUCAAUCGCUUCGACUGCUUCGUGGUGUGCGGCGGCAUCCUGGAGACGUUGCUGGUGGAGUUCGAUGUCCUCCCACCCAUCGGCAUCUCUGUGCUCCGCUGCAUUCGCCUGCUCAGGAUUUUCAAGAUGACUCGGCACUGGGCCGCCUUGUCCGACUUGGUCAACUCUCUGCUGAACUCCAUGAAAGCCAUCUGCUCGCUUCUGCUGCUGCUCUUCCUCUUCCUCAUCAUCUUCGCCCUGCUGGGCAUGCAACUGUUCGGAGGCAAAUUCAACUUUGACGAGACGCAGAUGAAGAGGAGCACCUUUGACUCCUUCCCUCAAGCGCUGCUCACUUGCUUCCAGAUUCUGACCGGAGAGGAUUGGAAUGCCGUCAUGUACGAUGGCAUCAUGGCCUACGGCGGACCAGUCUUCCCCAACAUGGUGGUGUGCAUCUACUUCGUCAUUCUCUUCGUCUGCGGCAACUACAUCCUGCUCAACGUCUUCUUGGCUAUCGCCGUGGACAACUUGGCCGGAGGCGGCGGGCAGAAGAAAGUUGAGGAGAAAAAAGACGACGAAGAAGAGUGGGACGAUGAGGACGAGAAAGAGGACGAAGACGGAGGGAACGAGGACGACGACUGGCAGGAGAACGAGGAGCUGAGGGCCAUCGAGGGUCUGGAGGGAGUUGCUCCGUUAAAGCCAGAGUUUUCCGGUCCCAAAGAAAAGAUCGUGCCCAUCCCUGACGGGAGCUCCUUCUUCAUUCUCGGCAAGAAGAACUGCUUGAGGGUAGCCUGCCACAACCUCAUCCAUCACGCCUACUUCACCAACUUCAUCCUCAUCUUCAUCAUCCUGAGCAGCAUCUCUCUGGCCGCCGAGGACCCCAUCAAAUCGCACUCCUUUCGAAACAUUGUGCUGGGAUACGCCGACUACGUCUUCACGUCGGUGUUCACGGUGGAGAUCGUGCUGAAGAUGACGGUGUAUGGCGCUUUCCUGCACACGGGCUCCUUUUGCAGAAAUGCCUUCAACCUUCUGGACUUGCUGGUGGUCAGCGUGUCGCUCACCUCCUUUUUUCUUCACUCCAGUGCCAUCUCCGUGGUGAAGAUUCUACGAGUGCUCCGGGUACUCCGACCUCUCCGCGCCAUCAACAGAGCCAAAGGACUCAAAAAUGUGGUUCAGUGCGUGUUUGUGGCCAUCCGCACCAUCGGCAACAUCUUGAUCGUGACCACGCUGCUCCAGUUCAUGUUCGCCUGCAUCGGCGUGCAGCUCUUCAAGGGCAGGUUCUACAGCUGCACGGAUGAAGCCAAACAUACACCUGAUGAGUGCAAGGGAACUUUUGUGGUGUACAAAGACGGCGAUAUGAACCACCCCAUGGUGAAAGAGCGCAUCUGGCAAAAUAGCGACUUCAACUUCGACAACGUGCUGAUGGGCAUGCUGGCGCUCUUCACCGUCUCCACCUUCGAAGGCUGGCCGCAGCUCCUGUACCGCGCCGUGGACGCCAACGCCAUCAACCACGGGCCCAUUUACAACUACCGGGUGGAAAUUUCCGUCUUUUUCAUCAUCUACAUCAUCAUCAUCGCCUUCUUCAUGAUGAACAUUUUCGUGGGCUUCGUUAUCAUCACCUUCCGGGAGCAAGGGGAGGCCGAGUUCAAAAACUGCGAGCUCAACAAAAAUCAGCGCCAGUGCGUGUACUACGCGCUCAAAGCGCAACCUAUCAAGAUUUACAUCCCCAAAAACCCAUCGCAGCUGAAAUUCUGGAAGAUCAUCAACUCAAGCCAAUUUGAGUACGUCAUGUUCGUCCUGAUUCUGGGAAACACGCUCACGCUUGCCGUGCAGCACUAUGAGCAGUCCAAACUCUUCACGUCGGUGAUGGACAUCCUCAACAUGAUCUUCACGGUGGUGUUCACCAUCGAGAUGAUCAUCAAGUUGCUGGCUCUCCGGGCGCACCAUUAUUUCAUCGACCCAUGGAAUUCCUUCGACGCCUUGAUCGUGGUGGGAAGCGUGUUGGACAUAGCCGUCUCGGAGUUUAGCGGCGGAGGAGGUCACGGCGAGGGCAAAGGCGAAAGCGGCAAAGUUUCCAUCACCUUCUUCCGUCUGUUCCGAGUGCUGCGAUUGGUCAAACUUCUCAGUAAAGGAGAAGGCAUUCGAACCCUCCUCUGGACUUUCGUCAAGUCUCUCCAGGCUCUGCCUUACGUCGGUCUGCUCAUCGCCAUGAUCUUCUUCAUCUACGCCGUCAUUGGCAUGCAGACUUUCGGGAAAGUGGCCGUAGAUGACAACACGCACAUCAACCGAAACUGCAACUUUCAGACCUUCUUCAUGGCCGUCUUGGUCUUAUUCAGGUGCGCCACCGGAGAGCAGUGGCAGGAGAUCAUGCUGGCGGCGCUGCCGGGCCGUCGCUGCGACCCGGAGUCGGACACCGAGCCCGGGGAAGAGUACUCUUGCGGUAGCAACUUGUCCUACAUCUACUUCAUCAGCUUCUUCAUGCUCUGCGCUUACCUGAUUAUCAAUUUGUUCAUUGCCGUCAUCAUGGACAACUUUGAGUACCUGACACGAGACUGGACCGUCUUGGGAACCCACCACCUGGAUGAGUUUAAGAGAGUUUGGUCUGACUACGAUCCGGAAGCCACCGGCCGCAUAAAGCACAUUGAUGUCAUCACCAUGCUGCGGCGGAUCCAGCCACCCCUCGGUUUUGGAAAACUUUGUCCUCACCGGGUCGCAUGCAAGAGGCUGGUUUCUAUGAACGUGCCUCUGCACCCCGACGGGACGGUCACUUUCAAUGCGACUCUCUUUGCUCUGGUGCGCACAUCGCUCAAGAUCAAGACCGAAGGACCCAUCGAUCAGCAGAACGAAGAGCUGAAACUGAUCAUCAAGAAACUCUGGAAGCGGACCAAGCCUAAACUCAUCGACGAAAUCAUUCCUCCCCCUAGAGGGGACGAGGUGACGUGCGGGAAGUUUUAUGCCAGCUUCUUGAUUCAAGACUAUUUUAAAAAAUACCGCAAAAGAAAAGAAAGGGAGCGAAAAUCCAAGAAAAAAGACAAGGCCGCCUCUCUUCAGCAAGGACUGCGGACGCUGCAGGAUCUGGCUCCGGAGAUGCGCCUGGCCAUGGCUUGUGACCUGGAGGAUGAAGAGGGCGCCGACGAGAUAUUCGAAAGCGAGCAGGGAACGUCGGCGGCAAACACGCCCCUUCCGCCCGUCGAAACACUCGUGCGGCAGACGGCCGUCGUCGCCGAAGCGGAGGCGGACGUUGUGGUAGUGCCGCCCACACCGAGCUUACCGAUGGGAGAGACCGUGGUCACGGAACAACCGGUCAGAUCGGACAUUCUUCCUAGCAGGGCGGACUCCAUAAGCGACCUUCCCCCCCCUCCGGAUGCGUUGGAGUUGUUGGCUCAGGAGGCCACAUUACCCGCAGAGGCUGAACAAGUAGCCAACAGUGAAAGAGAGCCUGCAAAUCUUACCUUUGAAAACUCCUACGUGUAUCCCGAGCCCGCUUCGCCCCUUCCGCCCGAGCUGGACUACAACGGGCGGAGCUCGGAAGGCGCGGUCAGUGCGGGCGGAGACGACGGAGGACGGGGUGUCUACCCCAACGUCAACGGGUACUCAACGUACGAGGAAAACGGCGGCAGUGUCGUCAGCGUAGACGUGAGCAACGGAGGCUACGCCAGCAACGGCUACAACGGCAGCGAUAGCGGCAAUGGCGCCAAGUUUGUCAGGAGGAGGCUGCUGCCCUCAAUUCCCAAAGGCCAUAAACCAGCCUUUAACUUCAAGUGUCUGAGGCCGCAGAGCAGUGUGGACGAAAUGUCCGUGCCGGGAAAUUACCGUAGCAACGCCCCCCAGUCCAGGUCCCGCCUCCAGACUCAGCACAGCCUGGACUCCCGGCCCAGCAGCGCCUCGUCCUCAUCGUCAGUUUCGUGGGCUAACAAUGUAGCAGCCGGCAGCACGCCUGCCCCGGGCUUCGUUGCCCCUUCGGGGCGCAGGGGCAAACUGAUCUAUACCCCCGUGGUCCUGCUAGACGAAGCCACGGGGCAGAGCCGGCCCCUGUGGGGAGACGGUUCGGCCAGCCUUCCCGCCGGGGGCCGUCGUGGACGCUACGUGGAUCGGACCGCGACCUAUGGCGGCCUAAGGGUCCCGCCCGCCGACCGGGGCUUUGUGGACAAAGGCAGCGCCGACAGUCUGGUUGAGUCGAUCCUGAUCUCAGAGGGACUGGGCAUCUACGCCAAGGACCCCAAGUUUGUGAAUUUUGCCAAGCGGGAAAUCGCUGAGGCGUGUCACAUGAGCCUGGACGAGAUGGAGAGUGCCGCCGCCGACCUGCUCGCCCGAAAUGGCGGCUUGGAGGACCAGUUGGCAGACGAAAUGAGCUGCGUCAUUUCCUACUGA